UUUCCAUUGCACACAGAUACAAAGCGUCCAGCGUCAAAACGGGAAAAAUUUAUUGCUUGUGUGGAAAUUUUCGCUUUAUUUCUGCAUAAUAUUGUGCGAAAAUCUACCGCGGAAAAAGAGUUUGGUGUCGUGGGAAUUUGGUGUCACUCGGUUGUUCAGUUCGUGGAGUAGUUCAGUGAUAACCAUUGCGCCGUGAAAAGUAAGCGCUCUUUCUGUGUUGGGGCUGAAAAUUAUACCGGAGGGCGAAGCGCGAUACCGUCAGUAUUCCCUGGAAACGAUGACGCCCGUGGCCGUGGUGGAGUCUCCGCUGCGGAGAUCUGAUCAAUCUCGACUGUAUCGGUCUUCGAAAUCAAUUACACCUGAAGUAGUGAACGAUGACGAGGCGGAACGUCGAAUACGACGGUCGGCCACCCUGGAUGAUAGUGCAAUAGCCGGGGGAUCGACCGUCGAGAAUAAUGAAAACAUCAAAAUGUGCCUUCAACUAUACUCAGAUAAUAAACUGAGUAAGGACAAUGCCUGGUCGGUGACGAUCAUUGACACCUUUGCAAAGCUGAUGUCGCGUCACACGAAUGCAACGCAGAAUUUUCAGGUUGCUGGCUCGACACUGGAGGCUUCUACAAAAGUCUACGGUCUCCGAGUCGAUUCCGUGCACACUGACGUAAUGCGAAUGUGCUCGGAACUAACACGGCAGUCUGCCCGCGGGAUGGACAACAAUCGCGAAGAUGUUGAUGAGGAUGACGGCGGUGCUGACAAUGACAAUAAUGUCAGUGUACCGGCCGGAGGAGCCGACAAGGCAACGCAAGAACCGAAAGUAAAGCGGAAACGUGUCCGAAAGGUGGCCAGUACCAUUACCAAGAACAAGGAGAGUAUCAAUGGCCCGCUGGACACGAAUCCUUUCACAGAUCCGUUCUUUGCCAAACUAAACUCGGUAGUUGGGGAUGUAAAUAGUUCCAGUCGACUGAUGCAGAACCUUGUUCCUACGGAGAAUGCUGAACUGCGCCUGCGGAUGGAUUAUGCCUUUUGGGACGAUUCGGAAUCUCUGCAGGUAGAUUUGGAAACAGAGAACUACAAAGAAUGCAAACAAACUGAGACUACGCUGUACGCUGUGCAUAGGAAACACAAGCUACACCAGAUGCUAGCAGGGUACGUGAUAACAGACGCACCCGCAGAGGACGACAGUGACGAAGAAGAUAAGAUGAAGGACACCGACGACGUGCAACUUCGUGAUGGUCAAGCGGAACCACUUGCAAUGCAUCGAUCGGCUCUGGAUGUCCAGUUCGAUAUAGAUGCAGAAGUUGAGCCGAUUCCCGUUGGUGAUGCUUACAUAAUCGAUUACGUACCACAGGAUGCAAUGGGCGGAGCGGAUAACGACGACGAAUUGAACGAGGAAGAUCAGAUUGCACUUCAAAACUGUCGUGGUCUGAAGCGAAAAACUGUGCUUAUUGAGGAUAUGCGCCCAAUCGAUUCUUCGUCGGUGAAUUUGGAAUAUUCCUACCGCGCAUUGGACAACAUCUCGCAGUUUUGGGCUGGCCCUUCUCAUUGGAAGUUUAAGCGAACCAAGAAUCCCCGCAGCUUGUCGAUGCAGAAAACAAUGGAUACGGACGGCAAGACAAAACAAAAAGCUACUCGGAAGAAAAAACGAUUCGAAGCCGAUACUUUGGAUGACAUGAUCAGCGUAGCAGAGGAAUUGUUUCCUGCUUACAAUUCAAAUCGCCCCGUGAAAAGCAUCACCCAUCAGAAAAGUUUAAUUUGCAAGAAAUGGGAUUCGAAGAAACUGAAGCUGCCAAGCGAUUUCCACUUGGAACGAAAUCGCUUCGACGUAAAUAAAUUUGCCCGAGGUAUGAAGCUACAAGAGUUUGAUGCGGCCCCUGAACCGGAUGUGCCGGUAGAUGAAUACGAUUACAGCAAUCCUGUGGAUCAGAACUAUUGCAGUCGAGUAAUGAACGAUGAAAUGGACGCUGAAGCUGACCCGGUUCCAAGCAUUGCUGGUAGCUCCGGGGACGAUCAUCAAACUUUUGACGACGUUGCAAGCAGUGGAAUUGGUGGCGUAGGCGUCGGGAAUCAAUCCAUUAAUGCCACCCUCGAUUUCAUACCCACUGAAUUCGAAGGCGCCCCAGACAAGGUGACUAAGAUCAACAUUGCGUACGCGAAAACGGCCAAGGUGGUGGACAUGAAACAGUUGAAAUCGUGCUGUUUGCGACUGAUUGUAGAACGUAUUGGUGAAAACCAAAUGGAACCUCCUAGCAGCAGCAGUAGCAGUAAGCCUACCGGCAACGGCAAAACCAGCUUUUCCGAAAUCUUCAAAGAGCUGCCGCACGUUCUGUCUAAAUCGAUGAGUGAGAACAUUUCUAAAUCGUUAGCCUUCUAUUCGGUGCUGCACUUAACCAACGAACGGUCGCUGCGGCUAGUGCGGCAUGAUGAUUUAGAAGAUUUUGAAAUUUUACCUCCCGUGUAACGAAGCACCAUACUUGCACUUUUUAUAAGAGAUUUAGAAAUACGUAUUGUGCAAAGUAGUUAAGCGAGAAUCGUCUACUUUUACCACACUUAUCUCAGUUUUGUACAAAGCAUUGGAAUCGAAAGAACUUUUCGUGUUUUUCAUUUUUCUAGUACUAGAAUGUACCAUCUGCUCAAAUCAACAUUUUCUGAACUGCGUUAUAGUUGACUUGUUUUUAGGAGUAACUGGAGUUCGAAGACCUGAAUUUUGGAAACAUUAACGUGUAAAGAAAUAAAUCUAUUAAUAAGAUUAUUUUGUAAAACCUAAUCAAGUGGGCUCAACA